AUGAUUAUCCUACAAAACUUGGAAAGCGUUGGAGCACCACACUCCUCCCAGCUUAGCGUACCCAACAAGAGAUGGCACUCCGCCUUUGUUUACAUAUAUUGCUCUAGAGCCCUACUAUCUGUUUUCAAAGAUUCUCUACCCGAUAAGAAAGACGCAUCUUUCGUGGAUGUGGAUCUCAAACCGGACAUCAAGUCCAACGUUGAUCAAGCAACACUCACUAAGCUUGUGGAAGAGAAAAAAAUUGAAAGCCUCCAAAACAUUGGAGGGGUUUCUAAAGUAGCAUCCACUCUUGAAACCAAUGUUGAAUAUGGGAUUCAAGGUGAUGUUGAAGACAUUGCUCGCCGACAUGAGGCUUUCGGCUCAAACAAGUAUAAAACACCACCUACAAAGAGCUUCUUUCAUUAUUUUGUAGUGGAAGAAUUCAAGGAUCAUAGCAUUCUCAUCAACUUAGGCAGUGCUGCAUCUUCUCUUGCAUUCGGCAUCAAAGAGAAUGGAAUAAAACAAGGAUGGUAUGACGGUGGUAGCAUAUUUGUUGCUCUAUUUCUUGUCAUUGUUGUUUCUGCCACAUUUCAUUUUAGGCAAAACAGACAAUUUGACAAGUUAACUGAGGUCAGCAACAAAAUCCAAAUUGACGCUGUGAGAGCUGGGCGGCGUCAACAAAUUUCAAUAUUUGAAAUUGUCGUUGGAGAUGUCAUUUUCUUAAAGAUUGGAGAUCAAGUUCCAGCAGAUGGGCUAUUCUUAGAUGGACACUCAUUACAAGUGGAUGAAUCGAGCAUGACAGGGGAAAGUGAUCGAGUAGAAGUAAAUUGCAGCCAUCCAUUUUUGCUUUCUGGAACAAAGGUGAUUGAUGGCAAUGCUCGAAUGCUUGUCACUUCAGUUGGAAUGAACACUAAAUGGGGCGAGAUGAUGAGUUCAAUCAGCAGCCGUAAUACCAAUCGCCAGACAACUUUACAAACUCGGCUUAAAGAGCUAACUUCGUCAAUAGGAAAGCUUGGUUUGCUGGUUGCUUUCCACGUUCUCAUAAUCUUGUUCUAUCGAUACUUCACGGGGAAUAUAAAAGAUGAGAAUGGAAAUAAAGUGUUUAAUGGCAGCACCACCAAGGUUUAUGACAUACUAAAUGCUGUGGUAGGUAUUUUGGCGGCUGCUAUUACUAUAGUUGAGGUUGUAACUCCAAAAGGGUUUCCUAUGGCUGUCAAGCUUACACAGAUUUAUUCCACGAAAAAAAUGAUGGCUGACCAGGCAAUGGUGCGGAAGUUGUCUGCGUGUGAGACCAUAGGCUCUAUCACCACCAUUUGUACAGACAAAACAGGCACUCUCACGCGGAAUAAAAUGAAGGUGACCAAGUUCUGGCUAGGCAAAGCACCAACUACUUACACAUCAAUCGCUCCAUAUAUUCUUGAAUUGCUACAAGAAGGAGUUGCUCUAAACACAACCGGUAGUGUUUACUGGCCUACUUCAGGCUCUGAAAUUGAGUUCUCAGGUAGUCCCACUGAACAAGCAAUUCUUUCAUGGGCUGUUCUGGAGCUAAACAUGAAAAUGGAACAAUUGAAGCAAAGCUGUAAGAUUCUUUACGUUGAAGCAUUCAAUUCUCAGAAGAAACGAAGCGGAGUCAUAACAAGGAGAAAGAUAGACGAUACAAUCCACGUACACUGGAAAGGAGAUGCAGGAAUGAUAUUGAAAAUGUGUUCAAGUUACUAUGAUGCUUCUGGAAUUAUGAAAGAUCUAGAUGAUAGUGAAAAGUUGAAAUUCGAACAAAGAAUUCAAGGUAUGGCAGCCAGCAGCCUCCGGUGCAUUGCUUUUGCACAUAAGCAAAUUUCAAAAGAAGAUCAAGAACAUGAUAUGGAGCAAAAGAAGAUAGAAGAAGAUGGUCUAACCCUAUUAGGACUGGUGGGUAUUAAGGACCCAUGUCGUCCAGGGGUAAAGAAGGCUGUGGAAGAUUGCCGAAAUGCAGGUGUGAACAUCAAAAUGAUCACUGGAGACAAUGUUUUCACAGCCAAAGCUAUUGCCACUGAAUGUGGAAUAUUGAGGUUUGAUCAAGACAUGAGUGAAGCAGUGGUAGAAGGCAUUGUAUUCAGAAACUACACACCAGAGGAGAGAAUGGAGAAAGUUGAUAAAAUUUGUGUGAUGGCAAGGUCAUCUCCCUUUGACAAGCUACUGAUGGUAGAAUGUUUGAAACAAAAGGGUCAUGUGGUUGCAGUCACUGGAGAUGGCACAAACGAUGCACCAGCAUUGAAAGAAGCUGAUGUGGGGCUUUCAAUGGGAAUUCAAGGCACCGAGGUGGCUAAGGAGAGCUCAGAUAUUGUCAUUUUGGAUGACAACUUUGCCUCCGUUGCCACAGUUUUAAGAUGGGGAAGAUGUGUGUACAACAACAUCCAAAAGUUCAUUCAGUUCCAACUCACUGUGAAUGUUGCUGCUCUUGUGAUCAACUUUGUGGCAGCUGUCUCAGCUGGUGAAGUCCCAUUAACCGCAGUUCAGUUAUUAUGGGUGAACCUAAUUAUGGACACAUUGGGUGCUCUAGCUCUUGCAACAGAGAAGCCCACCGAGGAGUUGAUGACGAAGCCACCAGUAGGUCGAACUGAACCACUUAUUACCAAUAUAAUGUGGAGAAAUCUCUUAGCCCAAGCUUUGUAUCAGAUUAUUGUCCUCUUGACCUUGCAAUUCAAAGGUGAAUCAAUCUUUGGUGUGACUAAGAAGGUAAAUGACACAUUGAUCUUCAAUACUUUCGUCCUUUGUCAAGUGUUCAAUGAAUUCAAUGCAAGAAAGCUUGAGAAGAAGAACGUGUUUAAAGGGAUACAUAGGAAUAGGUUGUUUUUGGGGAUCAUAGCCAUAACCAUAGUCCUUCAAGUGGUGAUGGUAGAAUUUUUGAAGAAGUUUGCAGGUACAGAAAGGUUGAAUUGGGGGCAAUGGGUUGAGUGCAUUGGAUUUGGAAUAGUUUCUUGGCCAAUUGGUUGGAUUGUGAAGUGGAUACCUGUUCCAAAAAGACCAUUUCUGAGCUACCUAAACAUGAAAAAGAUGCAAGGACUUCGAACCCCAUUUUCGUUCAUAUUGAAGAGAAGCCCAAGGUUGAUUGGUGUCUGAUUGCUUGUAAUUAUGUAUUGUAGCUAGGUCACUGAGUAGAUGAUUUUUUUUUUUUUUUAGGAAGAUUGUGGGUGAUAUUUCAUUUGUUUGUAUAUGUACUGUAUUUAGUUAGUAUAUGAUGAUGUAUUUCAAUCCAAAUAUAUGGAGAGUUUGAAUGGUGUUUUAUAUAUAUAAGGGAAUGUUUGAAUGUACCU